AUGCCUUCCUCGACUUCUCCCUCGUCGCAAAUUGCGCAGUCACAGUUUGACACCAUCCCCGACACAAUUGAGGCAUUCCGCGAUGGCCAAUUCGUCGUGGUGCUCGACGACCCGGGGCGGGAGAACGAGGCGGACCUGAUCAUCGCGGCCGAGUCGGUGACGACGGAGCAGAUGGCGUUCAUGGUGCGGCACAGCUCGGGGCUGAUCUGCGCACCGGUGCUGCCGGAGCGGACAGCCGAGCUGCAGCUGCCGCAGAUGGUGGAGCACAACGAGGACCCGCGCACGACGGCGUACACGGUGUCGGUGGACGCGGCAGACGCGUCGGUGACGACGGGCAUCAGCGCGCACGACCGCGCGCUGGCUUGCCGCGCGCUGGCCGACGCGCGCUCGACGCCCGCCAGCUUCCGGCGCCCUGGCCACGUGUUCCCGCUGCGCGCCAAGCUCGGCGGCGUGCGCCAGCGGCCCGGCCACACCGAGGCCGCCGUCGACCUGUGCCGGCUCGCCGGCCGCCGCCCCGCCGCCGCCAUCUGCGAGCUCGUCGAGGACGGCGCCGAGGUCCCCGGCCAGGCCCUGCGCGCCGAGCCCGGCAUGAUGCGCGGCGAGGCCUGCGUCGCCUUUGCCCGCCGUUGGGGCCUGCGCGUCUGCACCAUCAAGGACCUGGUGCAGUACCUCGAGAAGACCGAGGGCAAGCUCGUCGUCAAUGGCUCAUGA